UAUUGGUUGACAGUUGUUUGACAGCUUAGCUGUCAAUUUUGGUUCAGUGCCUUCGUAUCUACUUCCUUUCUUUCUAGUUUGUUGUGUACCGAACCAAACAUGCCAAAAGCUCGUAAGGAACCCGUCAAUGCUGUGCAGGUCUUCGGACGCAAGAAAACUGCCACCGCCGUAGCGUACUGCAAGCGCGGUCGCGGUCUGCUACGCGUGAACGGACGCCCAUUGGACCAGAUCGAACCUAAGAUUCUGCAGUACAAACUGCAGGAACCGCUGCUGCUCCUGGGCAAGGAAAAGUUUGCCGGAGUUGACAUCCGCAUCCGAGUAUCCGGUGGUGGUCAUGUUGCCCAGAUCUACGCCAUCAGGCAGGCCAUUUCCAAGGCUCUGGUUUCGUUCUACCAGAAGUAUGUGGAUGAGGCAUCCCGCAAGGAGUUGAAGGAUAUCCUAACCCAAUACGACCGAACGCUGCUGGUUGCUGAUCCACGUCGCUGCGAGCCGAAAAAAUUCGGUGGUCCAGGUGCCCGCGCUCGCUACCAGAAGUCUUACCGUUAAGCUGUACGGCCUGUGUGGUGUUCCGUGUUUGGAAGCUCUGUCGGCAUUGCAAAUGUUUUCUCUGUAUGUUGCUGCCUUAUAUUUUUGGCACACGAGAAAUUUAGCUCAGCGGUGUAAGGAAUCAGUACGUUUUAAGAUUAUGCAGAUGAGGUUGAACAUUAAAGAAAAGUAAAGGAGGACUGGAGAAAAAACAAAGAA